AUGCCCCGGGGGGUUUAUUAUCUUCUUUCUGUUCAAGUGCCAUUUCGUUGCAUGCAGUGCAGUCUAUAAAACAGAAUGCGUUCUCCGCGGGUCUCGAGUUUCCUAUCACUUAUCGUCAUUCGUAGCGUAUAAACAUAACAGCACGCGGUCAUUAGCUCUCGAUUCAUAUUGUUUACGUAUUCGUCUGGCACAUGGGAGGGCGGCCGGAUCGCGACUGAAAUCGCGUCGUACCCGCUUCGCGUGAGACGACGGGCACGUAUCGCCGUUCGUGGCGUUCCCUCGAGGCGUCGUGAUUAGAGAUUACGGGGAACGGGACUCACCUAGGGCUUCGCGGACGCGCAAAGAUGUCAUCGAGCUACGCGGACGGGUUAUCGCCGUACGAAAACAAAGGAGUGCUGGGACUGGAGGAGAGAUACGACAGCGUCGAGACUCUUCGUCUGAAAUGUGGUCUCCUGGCCGAAUGGAUACAAGGCGCGCGUCACGUCGUGGUCCACACAGGCGCCGGCAUCAGCACCGCGGCGGGUAUUCCCGAUUUUCGGGGUACAAAUGGCGUAUGGACAUUGGAACAAAAGGGUUUGAAACCUUCCAUGAACAUCUCUUUUGAUGAAGCGAUCCCUACAAAGACGCACAUGGCAUUGAAAAAACUGAUAGAGGCCAAAAAAAUAAAGUUUAUCAUAAGUCAGAAUAUAGAUGGACUACAUCUACGAUCAGGAAUAUCGAGGCAGUAUCUUGCUGAGCUGCAUGGUAACAUGUUUACAGAGCAAUGUGACAAAUGUGGCAGACAAUUUAUUCGUAAUUUUGCGACUAAAAGCGUGGGGAAAAAAUCCUUGGAUACUGUAUGCAGAUCGGAACAAAUAGGUGGUCGCCCGUGCCGUGGCCGAAUGCACGAUACCAUUCUCGAUUGGGAGCACAAUCUGCCAGACAGCGACUUGACACUGUCUGAUCUUCACUCCAGUGUCGCCGAUCUAAGUAUAUGCUUGGGAACGACGUUACAAAUUAUUCCAAGUGGUAAUUUGCCUUUAUAUACGAAAAAAUACGGAGGCCGUCUCGUCAUAUGCAAUCUGCAGCAGACGAAACAUGAUAAGAAAGCUGACUUGAUUAUUAACGGCAACGUCGACGAGAUAAUGGUCGCGGUGAUGAAAAAGUUGGGAUUGGAAAUUGCGGAAUAUGAAAGCAGCAUGGAUCCAACACGAAAUUCUGACACGACGGCUAAAGAGAUGGACUGGACGAUCCCGACUAGUAGAGUAAAGGAGAUGAAUGUGCUGUACAAAAAGGUGUGCAAGCCGAUGCGGAGGAAACGAAAAACGUUUAUGUAUGAGAGGGAGAGAACAGAUACCGCCGCGAAAAAGGAUCCUAAAGCCAGGAAGCAGGCAUUUACAGUUAAGCAAGAAAUCAAAACAGAAGAUAAUAUUACCACAUCGGGUGAAAUGUGUAAGACCGAGAAUGAUCGUGUGACUGACGACUCCGUUAAGACAGAGGAGAACGCGGAGGAUGUUGAAAUGUGUAGAUACUCGAUGGAAGACGCAACGGAGCAUAACACUGAUCUGAAAAUGAAUCAAACGGUGUAGCAAGUUUUAAUGAAGUAAUAAUUUUUCCAUUCUAAUAUUUCUCGAUUAUUCUCAGUGUACGCUACAGUUACUUAUGAGUGCGCAUAUUUAAUGAUGUUCAUUGUCCGUAUGAAAUAUGCGAUAGAUUUGCUGAUGUUCAAUAUGCAUUUGAAGGAUACUCGCUGCACAUUUAGUAUUAAAUGUGGCUCUCUGCCUUUCUCCCUUUCUCUCCUUUCUCUUUCUCUCUCCUUUGUCCUUUUCUUCUUUUUUCCUCUCAUUUUUCUGUUUCUAGUUUAUAUUCAUAAAAAAAAAUUACGAAAAAUGAAGAAUAUAAUUUUAAAAUACCGUUACUAAGGUUACUUCUUAUAUAUCACAUAUUUUUUAGCCAAACUUGUAUUCUGGAAGCAAUAACAAAUAUUCUUCUUGCUUGCAGUGAGAACAAUAUUUCAGUGUGUAUAAUUUUCUAAGCGCAUACAUAACAAUUAUUAUGAUUAUGGAUUACAUAAAACAUUUAACAUUAAAUGUGCAAUAAGAAUACGGGGUCAUAAUUUUGUUUUCAUGACAUUUUAUGACGAAGACAGUAAAAGAUAUUCCGAUAGUUGUAUAUAUUCUUGUUAGUGUUUACAAAGUUCCGUUUGCGUACUGCAUCUGCUUUUUACAACUAGCCUAUAUAUUUACGCAUAUGCAUAUUAGAUAUUGCGACGAGAGAUUCGACAUAGAGAGAUUAAAUCUCUCGAAAAGCAACGUGUUCCAGAUUUCUCGUGCAUAAUAUGAUACUUUUUCCACUAUAGAUUAUAUUAAUAAGAUUUUUCGAUAAAAGAGAGUCUUCCUAGAAGACGUUUCGCCAGUAAGAACUUCCAUAAGCUUUUUUUUUAAUUGAGAAUAGCUGAAUUCGCGCGUAGUAGUUGCUUGAUCGUAAAUAAUAAGAGUAAUACAGAUAUAUGAGAGCUGCCUAGUUACAUGAAUAAUUUAUGCCCAUAAAUGGUUGAAAAUGAAUAUAUCUCCGACAGAUUUUUAUAUUAUCUAUUAAAGAAUUAGAGAUCUCUUUAUAUACAUAAUUUUUCCUCUAUCUUCCAUUCCUUUCGUGGAUCUAUCUUUCAUUGAUUCUGCAAUUUUCAGCACACAGUCGAUGCAAAAAAAAAAAAAAAUACAUGUACCCUGCAUAGAAUACGUAUAAAAGAAGCAUGUAUCUCCAUUAAGAUUAUUUUAAACGUCUUAAGUAUAUCUGAAGUAAACUAUAAACCGCCGUUAAGAAAGGGCAAAAUAUAUUUAAAAAAACAAAAUGAUCUUUAAUGUGGCGUUACAUGCGAUUGGAUCGUAAAAAAAAUCGUGAAACCGACAUCGUUUCUACUGGCGACAUUUCCUGUGUGACUUUCCUAAAUAAUUGCUUUCCUAAAUAGAUUGUUCCGAGUCCCACUGAUUGUCCUCGAUGUUCAGGUAAUGUUCGCCUUACGAAAAUUGACAGCGCACACAUCGGGACCGAUUUUGCGCGUCAUAUUACAAUACAAAGCACAUGUUUGUAUAAGUGAGCUAAUAGCACUAUUUGCUACAAGCUGAGAUGUUAGAUUGUCCGAUGAAUUCAGAUGUUGAAUUUUUAACAGAGUGCGCCUUUUUCCAAUAUAGUGUUGAAAGGGAAUGUUGAAAGUAAAAGUUUUAACAAUAUCUCGCAGUUAGUACGCUAAAACGAUUUUUCCGCGCGUAGAUUAUAUAAGCUGCCACUCAUAGAGUGCAUUCCGGUAGAAUGCGAUUUAGCGAAUCAUGUAAUAUUUAUAUGUACAUAGUGAUGUUUGCUUCAUUUAUCGUAAUACAUGAUUUUAUUUAAGUAA